AUGUGUGGUUGCAUAUUUGAAGGUCUUUUCCGGUUUAUACAUUUUUCAGGGUGAAACAUCAGAGAAUAAAAGUAAAAAGGGGCAAACAAAAAGAAUAAACUUUAACAAACUUUUUUUGUAAAUUUAUAUUUUUUAAGAUUUAUGGGAGAGAGGUCAAAGCAAGAGCCUACAUUAGAGGUAAGAGGGGUUAAACAGAGAUUGACAGAAAUUAUGUGUUGUCUAAGGGCAUGGGAUCACGGCUAUGGGGGAAGGGGCUGGCAGCCUUAUGUCACUUCUGAUAACAGACAGGCUCAGACACUUGCAGGUGUUACAGAAAAAGACAGGACACGCUCACGUCACUGUUAAAGAACGCAGACUGAACGAAGACAGUGCACCAACACAAAGCAGCUGAAGCACAAUGAAGGCAUGAUCCACCAUGCCUGGGCUUGGCAGAGAGAGCAAUCUGCAUACAUGCAGCAUACAGGAAUAUCCCAGAAAGAGUGUAUCUGGACCACUGUCAUGGCUGGUGUUGCUGGUGGCAGGAGACUAUAAAUACCAUCCCGAAUGCUUUGUGUGUUUAAGCUGCAGGGUGGUGAUUGAGGAUCAGGAUACCUAUGCCUUAGUGGAACGUACCAAACUCUACUGUGGUAAAUGCUACAAGCAGGAGGUCCUGACGCCAAUGCUGGAGAAGCGUGGUUUGGCUGACUCUCCAACAGACCUGCUCCCUCACACAGUGACUCUGGUGUCCAUGCCUGCUGCCACCAAUGGUAAAAGGGGUUUCUCUGUCACUGUGAUUAGAGACUGCACCGGUGCCACAGCCAGUGUUCAGGUCAAAGAGGUCAGAGGGAUGCAUAUUAGUCCAGAGGUUCGGAACGCCAUCCAUGUUGGGGACCGAAUCCUGGAGAUCAAUGGACUCCCGGUGUCAGCUCUGAUGGAGGAGGAGGUGGAGGACCUGAUCCAUCGGACCAGUCAGACACUGCAGCUGUUGAUGGAAUAUGAUCCAGUCAGACAGCGUCUGGACCGACUCCGCCUGGGCUCCCGCAAUCAACUGGGUGUCCCCGCGGCUUCUCGUAUGCGUUUGUCCUCAUCAGCGGAUGCUGAGAUCGAACGAAGUGACUCAGUGGGCAAUGGGACGUUAAAAAGGAGGUCCCUCAGACGUAGCAAUAGCACCUGCAAGUCUCCAGUCUCUUCAUCUCCUAAGGACCCUCCGAUUCUAACUCGAGAUAUCGGGCGCUCUGAAUCCCUACGUUCUACUUCCAGCUGCUCCCACCGUAUCUUCCGUCCCUGUGACCUCAUCCAUGGAGAAAUCCUAGGAAAAGGCUUCUUUGGACAGGCCAUCAAGGUGACCCAUAAAGCCACAGGUGAGGUGAUGGUCAUGAAGGAGCUGAUCCGCUGUGAUGAAGAGACACAGAAAACAUUCCUUAAGGAGGUAAAAGUGAUGAGAAAUCUUGAUCACCCACAUGUUUUGAAGUUCAUUGGGGUUUUGUACAAGGACAAGAGGCUUAAUCUGAUAACCGAGUUCAUUGAGGGAGGCACUCUAAAGGAUUUUAUCCGAGACACGGACUCAUUCCCAUGGGAACAGAGAGUUAGUUUUGCAAAAAGCAUUGCAUCUGGAAUGGUGAGUGGUCUUCUGGGUCUUCACACAUAUAGCUUUGCAAAACAGUAAAAGCUAUUGUUGUACAAUUUUUUAGGUACUUUUGGGUCAGUUAUAUAUAUACAUACUUUGAAGGAAAUGGUGAGAUAAAACAGGACAAUUUAAAGGUUAAGUAAUUUUUUGGGAUGUUAAAAACAUUUGAUCAUUCCAUCUUAAUAUUCAGAGGCUAAAAGUAAGACUUCCGAAGGUUGGUUUGCCUGUGAAGUGUAAACACUUUGGGUCUGGUACUAUCAGCAUGUUGUUGUUGUUUUAGUGCCUCAAUCAGUCUGAUGCAACAACAUUGGCUCAACCACUGGCAUGAGUUUG